AUGCCGGCCGCUGUCUCUUUUCGCCCUCCGGACCGGACAGCCUGGAUGAACCCUCAACAGUGCAAUGGUCGGUGUUGGCCUGGAAGUAGCCCGGACGACUUCGUUAUGCACACGGCUGCCACCGUGAAACUCGACCCAGAUCGCCGUCUUUCCAACUAUUCUCUCCCCGACCCUUCUAUCGGCCACAGUCCCGCUAAGCUUCGUCGACGAGCCUCGCAGGGCUCGCUCCGCACUAAACCUUCCCCAGUUUCUCGCUUCUUGUCCAAGGGUAGCGUCGCCGUGCACUUCCCUUCCUGGGAACACCGCAGUUCCUCGCCUGGCUCUCCCUUCCGUGUCGAAUCUCGAACCCGAUCGGCCGACUCUCGUCUUCGUCUGUCCAACACGGUGUCUCGCGGGCCGAGACCGUUGACAAGCCAUUCCGGCCAUUCACACUCUUCAUCGCCUUGGGAUUCGCCCUCCUCAUACCAAGCGGAAUAUCCCUCCACACUGCCUCCCACACCACCAGAGGACGAUUGCAGCGUUGCGUGGAAUCCUCGGUCCGAGAUGUUGUUGUACGAUCAGCAACCGCACCGGGAACCCAGCUCUUCAACCAUGAUGGAUGAUGGUCCGGGCGUUGACACCUCCCCCACCACGGGCCCAUCAGACACUCUUAGCAGCCCAUCCGACGGUCUCUCUCAUGGGUCGUCCAGCUCGGGAGGAAGUCCUGGUCUGCAUGACGAGAUGGAUUGUCAGCAAGACGUGGGAUCAUGGUUGGAUCAAGGAAUCAACGUGACUGUAUCAUCAUUAGCAAUCUCCAAUCCACGAGGAGACGCCGUCAAAAUUGUCUCACAGACACUCCCUUACCCGCAGACAGCCGACCAGUCGAUAUCGCUGCCGAGAAACGGCAGCAUCUUCUGCUCCAUCGUCCAGGCCGUACACAAUCACCUCCAGCCCGGCCAGUCGCCCUAUAUCAAUGUUACACACGCUGUGCCCGAACAAUUUAGCCUCUCAAACCUCCCUCACUCUCCUCCCAGCACUCCCCGUUCUCCGACCGCCGCAGAUGAAUAUUUCAAUGCGACCGUCUUUUCCAGCGCCGCGGUCGUUGGGGCAUACCACGACUUCCGUGGCCCGCUUCAACGACAGCUCUCCCACGCUCCAAUGCCCGUUGUCCCUCCCCACAGCGUUCACAUUUCCGUCCUUGAGCGUUAUCUUCCACCCCCAUCCCCCCAAGAGUAUAGAGAUCUCUUCUGCCCUACCCGACCGUCCUUCCUCGUGGACCGGCUCUGCGAGCUGUCCCCCAACGGAGGCUCCCUUCUCUUCACUUACCCAACCAAAAAGGGUGCCUCAACAUUCAAAUCUCAAUAUUUGGGCCCCAUCCUCGACCCACUACUCCGUCAACUCGUCGUGGUCAACGGACUGUCCGCUGACGUCGGUCGCUACCUGGGAAAACUGUCAACAGUCUCGCAGAUGGACGACUUCGCGACGAUGAAAGCCAACAUCGCAUCCCUUUGUGAAUCUCUCAGCUCGCCCUCCUCCAAGUUCGAAGUUGCCGACGCCGGCAAGGCCAGCGCCCACCUAGACCGCAAACUUUGGGUCGAAUGGUUCAUCCACCAGGAGAAGGCUCGCAUGAAAGAAGUUCUCAAUCUGUACUGGCAAAACGGUCGUCGCGUCCUAGCCAACAAGGCUAUGUCCUCUGGAGGGCCCGGCGCCAUGAUGGGAGACAAGGAAGUCUCCUCCGCCAUGCUCCUCAGCGAGAUCUUUGAUGGCAUCCGCAAGCGACCGUACGGCGAAGGCGAGCCUCGCGACGGCGUCGAAUUAGGUGUCUUUGUCAUCCGUCGAACACACUGA